AUGUCAAUCCCCAUCUUCAAGCUGCUCGACGGGCACACAAUCCCCCAACUAGCGUUCGGAACGGGGACGGCACUCUAUCAGCAGAACGUCACCCAGCCCGUGCUGGCGGCCAUCAAAGCUGCUUACACACAUAUCGACGGUGCGCAGGUGUACGGAAACGAAGACAGCGUCGGCGAUGCGAUUGUUCAGAGCGGCGUCCCUCGCGAACAACUCUUCGUCACGACCAAGGUCGUCAAGCUUGGCGAAGGAGAGACCAUACCCGAGAGUCUUAAAGGUAGCUUGAAAAAGCUCAAGACGGACUAUGUCGACCUUUUCCUCAUCCAUUCACCCACCGGGUUUGAAGCGCCUGGUCGUCUGGAAGAAGUGUGGAAGGGGAUGGAGGAGGUCAAGGACGCCGGUUUGGCGAAGAGCAUUGGUGUCUCCAACUUCCGCAUCAAGGACUUUGAGCGCGUGCUCAAGAUUGCGAAGUACAAGCCGGUGGUGAACCAGAUAGAGCUGCACCCUUAUGUCUACAAGCAGCUUUUGCCGCUCCUGAAGUUCCAAUCCGAACACGGCAUCCUUACCGAGUCCUUCGGCGGCUUGACGCCCGUCACCAAGAAGACUGACGGUCCAGUCACGCCUGUUCUAAGUGAACUGGCCAACAAGCUUGGUGGCACCGAGACGCAGGUUCUGAUGAAGUGGCUGGAGCAGAAGGGGAUUAUCGCUGUUACAACAACAAGGACUGCCGCGCGUCUGCAGGAGUAUCUCGAUGUAUACAAGUUGCCCAAUCUCUCUGAAGCUGAUAUCAAGGCCAUCGACGAUGCUGGUGCCAAGCUGCAUUCCAGGCACUUUGCACGCCACAUGGACGAACUCUAGGGGUACAAGAAUUCAGUGUACAAGGUAAAGAAGACGCUGUAUGUGUAUUGAGAUACCGGAUGAAAGGUUGUACCCGUGCCG